AUGCACUCGAUGGCGGGAACCUGGUCGCUGCCGAUGGACGUCAUCGAACUCAUCGCGAUGCAAGUGGCAUGUCCUUCGAGCCUCUCAGCGCUGCUGAGCGCCCUGCCCCCACCCGCCGUGACACCCGCGCUCGCGGCGCUUCAAGCGCUGACGCAGCAACCGACGACCGCGCGCGUCUCGUGGCCUCGCGUCACGUUCCUCUCAACAGCAUCGGCCUCGACGCACGCGCAUCUCACGAAGCUCAUACGCCACGGGGUUCAGAUUGAGCUUGUUUUGCGCCAGCCUCGGGACAUCCUCGAGGCCGCCGUGCCGCUGACCGCCGUGACCAGAGCGUCCUCGCUGCAGUCACUCACCUUGGAUCGCGUGCUCGGACUCUCGGGACCGGUCAUCCUGCCGGCAUCGCUGACGACGCUCUCGUGGAUCUUUGACGCCCGCCCAUUGGCGUCUACAGCCGUGGCGGCGUCGCUUGUCUCGGCGCCUCGCUUGACGCACUUGACACUUGACGGCGGCCUCUGUCCCGAUGCUGUAGCAACAGCCCUCAUGGCGCUGCCCGCGCUGUCGUCGCUGCGCCUGCAUGGCCUCGCGCUCUCCUCGUCGCUUCUCGCCGCGCUACCACAGCUCCAACACCUCGACCACUUGGACCUCGGCGGCCACGCGUUCGGAGCGUUUGCGUCGGCGCUCGCGGAGACGCUUCCGCUAUGCGGUCGCUUGACGUCGCUGGACUUGCGCCAGCGUAAACUGCCAGCGUCGGCCUUGCACCUACAAGGCCUCCGUCGCGCGCUCGUGCAGAUGCCUCGUCUCCGCCGCCUCGCUUGGACGAGCGCGGGUGUCGGUGACUGCCUUCUCCCACACCUCAGCGCGCUCUCCCUUUCAAAUGACCCGUGCGUGUACCCGACGUACCGGCCCAUCGUCAUGGACAACAUCGGGUCUCUUGGCGCGCUAGUCGAGCUGGCGCUGACAAAGAACGAGCUCGACGACCGCGGUGCGCGCGCGUUAAGCGAGGUGCUGCCGCGCUGCAGAAAGCUGCGGUCGCUCGAUGUGCACGGCAACGCCUUUACGAGCCGCGGGCUCGAUGCGCUCUUGGACGGCCUCCCACGCUCGCUCAGCGCGCUCAACGUCGUGUCCCGAGGGUACUACUGGUCGGGCAUCGACGCUGUCCUCACGGCCAUGACGCACGCGACGUGGCGGUCGCUGGACGUCGCUGUCAACUACGAGCACGACCUCGACCGCGCCUUGCGCUGGCUCCUGGCUCACACGCAGUUUGUCGUAGCGUUGCCGCCGCAUGCGAGUAGCAUCAAGCCGCAGAGCCGGACACUCGUCGAUGCGAUUGACGCGAGUCGCACGGGCCACGCCUGCGCCGUCCGCCUCCACCUCCGGGACACCCCCGCUAGCGCCUUUCUCGAUCCGUACAAAUGA